AUGGACCGGCCUAUAUACGCGGCUUCAGUUUCUUGCCAUGGAAACCUGCGUCACUGCGUCGACCGAUAUGCGCCCUUCGACGACGACUGGGCCAGUCAACGCCUAAUCGACUUCAACAUAUGGUCUGCUGCUUCCGGGGCUUUAGACGAUGGCAGAUACAGCCUGGACAACAAGCUUAUCCUCACAAAAACGACAGUCACGGUGGUUUCGGACCUUCUCGACCUUCUCUCCAUCUUUGUCAACGCUUGCGUACCCUCCCUGGAGAGCCCCACGGGUCCCGGUCUGCUGGAGUCGGCUUCCCCUGGCGUUGAGCACGACGGCGCGAGGAUCCGUCCAGAUACACCGAUCUCAGCCAUCUCGCCCGGUGGGGUUGCAAUCGAACGUGGCCACCAGCAAGCAUGGUCGUUAUUCAAUGCGAAGGGAAAGAGGCUGAAACGCGAGCUGUCGCCAGAAGAGCGCGAGGCCAGAGAAGCCGCCGAAGAUACUUUUUCCUCCGUCGUUCAAGUUACCGCCGUAGCCCGUCGUUCCCUUGCCCACUCAAAUCUAUGGCUGGCAGAUUUCACCUUCCCCGAAGACGACGAGGACUUAGGGGGUUAUCGUCAGAAACCGCUGGGACAAAUGAAGUCGCCAUUGAAGGGCGAACGCAUCAAGUCACGCGCCACCGAUUCCUUUACGCUCGCAAAUCUCGUUCUGGCGGCGCCCAGAUAUGUCCGGACGGCGUACGUUGCGAAAGACCCGGACUCGUGGAACCCAAAUGGCCAAGAAGAUCCAAAGUCGUCUAUCCGGACCCUCCUCAUAUCUCGGACGACUGCGUAG